AUGGGGGUCACAAUUGAUAACAUCCGCGAUGGCAACGGCGCCGAUUUCCCCAAGCCCGGUGAUAACAUCGAGAUGCACUACCGUGGCUGCCUCUACGAUGAGAAGGCUACGGACAAAAUGGGCUCCCAGUUCGAUAGCUCCUACGACCGUGGGGCUCCUCUGCCUUCUCCCAUCGGUGUUGGCCGCCUCAUCAAGGUCAUCGAUACAGGUUGGGACGAGGCCGUUCCUCAGAUGAGCCUGGGCCAGAAGGCUAGGCUCACCAUUACACCUGACUACGGCUAUGGUGCUCGUGGCUUCCCUCCCGUUAUCCCCGGAAAUGCUACUUUGGUCUUCGAGGUCGAGCUGAUGAGCAUCAACGGCAAGCGUCUCUAA